AUGAGGACCUUCAUCGUAGUCUGCGCCCUGGUGGCAUGUGCCGUAGCUGAGAACGUACGCGAGAAGCGUGGUUUCCUCAGCGGCAUACACUCUGUUGGCGGGUACAGCGGCGGGUACAGCGGCCUCGGAGGUUACAGUGGUGGUUCAAUCGGACACGGAUAUGGAGGGUACGGGGGAAGCAUCGGGGGAUACAGUGGAGGAUACGGCUACUCCGCUCCCGCCGCUAAAGUCAUCACCGUCAACAAAGUGGUCAACUCUCACCGCGUCGUGGACGUGCCUCAAGUAGUGAACGUCCGCAAGGUGGUGUCCGUGCCUCAAGUGGUGUCCGUCAAUAAGAUCGUGGCCGCUCCCAGCUACAGCUCGUACGGCGGCGGCUUCAGCUCUGGAUACGGUUCCAGUUUGGGUCACGGCUCUGGAUACGGAGGAUACAGCUCCGGCCACGGAUACUCCAGCGGCUGGUGGUGA